AUGGAUGAUAAGCACCAUCCUGGAACCCUAUGUGAGAGUUCAGAACACCUCUUCUCCUUUGGAGUGAUAGCCGAUAUUCAGUACGCUGAUCUAGACGAUGGCUCUAAUUUCCAUGGAACCAGGAGGCGGUAUUACAGACACAGUCUUCUUCAUCUGCAGGGCGCUAUUGAAGACUGGAAUCAAGAAGCCAGCGCACCCUGUUGUGUACUGCAGCUCGGAGAUAUCAUCGAUGGCUAUAAUGCAGAGCAGCAAGCCUCAGAAAAGUCCCUGGAGCUGGUUAUAAACACAUUCAAAAUGCUCAAAGUCCCAGUUCAUCAUACAUGGGGCAACCACGAGUUUUAUAACUUUAGUAGAGACUAUUUGGCAAACUCCAAACUGAACACAAAGUGUCUAGAAGACCAAAUUACACAUCAUCCUGAGACUGUCCCUUCAGAGGAUUAUUAUGCUUACCAUUUUGUACCCUUCCCUAAAUUCCGCUUCAUUCUACUGGAUGCUUAUGACUUGAGUGUCUUGGGUGUGGAUCAGGCUUCUCCGAAAUACCAGCAAUGUCUGAGGAUACUGCAGGAGCAUAAUCCAAACACGGAAUUGAACAGUCCCGAAGGCCUAUCCGAGCCCCAGUUUGUCCAGUUUAAUGGAGGAUUCAGCCAAGAACAACUGAACUGGUUAGAUGAAGUUCUUAAAUUCUCUGACACAAACCAAGAAAAGGUGGUGAUUGUGAGCCAUCUUCCCAUUUACCCAGAAUCCUCUGACAGCGUGUGCCUCGCCUGGAAUUACAGAGACGCCCUUGCGGUCAUUUGGGCUCAUGAGUGUGUGGUGUGCUUCUUCGCUGGCCACACCCACGAUGGUGGGUACUCGGAGGAUCCUUUUGGCGUCCACCACGUCAGUCUCGAAGGCGUGAUCGAAACGGCACCAGACAGCCAAGCUUUCGGCACAGUUCACGUCUAUCCUGAUAAGAUGAUGUUGAAAGGGAGAGGCAGAGUUCCAAGCAGAAUCAUGAAUUACAAGUGAGAAAAAGCUUUCCAUUUUCAGUCUGAUUUACUUUGGUUUAUUUUUACACAAACAGAAUGA